AUGGCGACCGGCAGAGAAAACAGGCCAUGGCUGGUGCAGAAGUACGGCGGAACCAGUCUUGGAAAACUUCUCGAGUCGAUCUGCAGCAAAAUCAUCCCAUCCUACCUGCAAGACCAUAACCUGGUGGUCGUCUGCUCGGCCCUCUCCGGUUCCACAAAGGCCAGUGGCACCACGAGCCUCCUGCUCGAGUGCAUUUCCCACGCCGAGGCCGGACUGCCUGCCCAAGCCCAGCUCAACAAGGCCCUUGAACUCGUCCGCGAUAACCAUGUCAGACUACUCGAGAAGCACCUCGUCAACUCAAAUGGUACGAGGAGUGAUCUUUGCAGCGACAUAUUUGAUACCACCAAGAAUGUCAUUAUCAAGGAGUGCGAAAGCUUGAGAGGCUUCCUUCUCGCAGCUCAAAUUAUCGGGGAAUUGUCGCCUCGGGCGAGAGACCGGGUGGUAGCACUGGGAGAGAAGCUCGCUUGCAGAGUUGUUGCUGCAUACUUAAGCAGCAAAGGCGUCCCGGCCGAGCCGGUCAUUCUCGAGGACGUCGUCGAGUCAGUGUUUGGCGGAAGCAUCUUUGAGCAAAAGACCGCGCUCGACAAUCUCGGUCCUAGGUUCUACCACCUUCUUGGCGACGAGAUUACCAGGAGAAUAAGAGAGUGCGGCGACCAUGUGCCAAUAGUCACUGGCUUCUUUGGCAUCAUGCCGGACUCCCUGCUGAAGAACGUGGGAAGGGGGUACUCUGAUCUAUGUGCUGCGAUGUGUGCAGUCGGUACCAAGGCGACGGAGCUUCAGAUCUGGAAGGAGGUUGAUGGCAUCUUCACAGCAGACCCAAGGAAGGUUCCUUCGGCGAGACUACUGUCGACAGUCACGGCAGAAGAGGCGACGGAGCUGACGUACUACGGUAGCGAGGUUAUACAUCCGCUGACCAUGGACCAAAUAAGAUGCGCCAAUAUACCCCUAAGACUAAAGAAUGUCUUCAAUCCCACGGGCGCGGGAACGAUCAUCUAUCCCUCACGAACACCUUCGCCGCCUCUUACACCCCCAACACCGACGGACGAAAAGGUGGAUGUCAAGGUCCCGCUUCCUUCGAUCGACUUCAUGCUGGGCAACGGAUAUCACGGUGACCAGAAGGAGAGGCGUCGACCAACAGCUGUGACCGUCAAGGACUCAAUACUGCUUGUCAACGUCGUUUGCAAUAGGAACACGAAGUCCCAAGGGUUCUUGUCUGGUGUGUUUGAUAGACUAGAAGAGGCUGGAAUCAAGACUGAUCUCGUCACAACGAGCGAGCGCAACGUCAGCCUUGCAUUCCAGCAUUCGGAGGAAGGGUCCUGUCAACAUCAGAGGCUGAGGGUUGAGCUUGAGAAAUUUGGAAAGGUCGUUAUCACAGAGAACAUGUCCAUCGUCACCGUCAUCGGCCACAAGAUGAGAAACAUGGUUGGAAUAUCGGCGGAAAUCAUGUCUGCCUUGGCCGCAGCGAAGAUCAACAUCUUUCUCGUCAGCCAAGGGGCGAGCGAGAUCAACGUUUCGUACGUCAACCCCGCGCGAUGCACCACAGCACCAAAUUACAUUCCUCCAGAGAUCCCCGUCCUUUUCCUGUUGCCUUCCGCGAAGUCCUCCAGCUAA